AUGCGAAUCGCACAUGGAUGCUACUCGGGACUGCUCUUCAUCGGAAACCGCCUCUUCUCACCGAGAUCCGGAAAGGUCAACGAUAGAAUACCUACUCUAAUCGUGCUGACAACCAUGAUCAUUAUUGGCGGAAUCAAGCAAGUGGAAGGUUGCAACCAGAUCGCAUCAAUCCAAGCUUCCGAAGACGUCUGCGUCCAGUCCGACAACAAGGAACCUUGCUCGCUGAACAAGGUAUCUAUCCUCAACGUUCGACCAAACGGAUCAAUUGCCUGCUUCCGAGUACGAGACGAACACCGUCAACUGGAAAUGUUUCUGGAGAUCCAAGCGGAAGCCAUCGUAUCGAAGUGCAUUCAACGAACGCAUCACUUUUCGAGAGACUUCGACGUCGAACACUCUUGGUCACAUCGCUGCUGGAAAGCUGGGAACUGCUACGAUGAAGUCUGCGAAAGUGUCUCCGCUAACACGACCGAACUCAACGAGAUCUCUACUGAAUCCAAAAGAGCACCAGGAUACAGCAAGUGCUACCGCACCUGUGGAUGCAUUACUUGUGGAUGGUGCCUUCAUUGCGUGCCUUCGUGUUUGUUCUCAAGGAUCUUCGCCAUUCCGAAAUCCACGAACAUCUACGAGAUUAUCACCUGCCCUGCUUGGUCAACAGUACUCGACGUUCGGAUCAACUUCAAUGGGAACCAUUCGAAUCAUCGAAUCGACCACGGAAUCCCAUUCGAGCUACCUGGCGGGAACAUCACGAUUGUCAUAACUGGGUUUUCGACGCCGCCGACACCAGCCCACACCGCAACAUUCAUCAAGCAAUGGAGUACAGAAGGGAAACCGGAAAGAUUUGGAUUCACCUACACUUCUGUUUCGCAGCCGGGAGCGCCCUCCAGAGGUUUAAUCGGAGAGUUUCAAUGUCCCAGUCAUGCCGAUGCCGUUGAUUUUCACUGUGUGUUUGAUGAGAGGCUCUGUGACUGUACACCGAAAGGAACGUCCAUAAAGUGUAACUGCUACCACAUCAAGCUGGACAACUUGAUCAACUCUACUUCGCUACCGCGGGACGAAGCCGGAAUCAAUCUGCUGGUGGAGGAUGGGCAGAUAAUCACGAAAUUAACUUCUAACUCCAUGGUCGCAAUCCAAGUCCAAUUCCAAAACCAAUCCAUUCAAAGGAUCGUACGAGACGACGACUGCACGUUGACUCACGCGAAGAUCAGCGGAUGUUUUAGCUGUGGAAAAGGAGCGCAACUUCACGGAGUCUGCCAAUCAAAGGAGAAUGACAGGAUCGAAGCAACCGUCCAAUGUCCCACGAUCGGAACUGAUUUUUUGGAGUGCACAAAGGAGGGACGAGAGGGAUACUUUGAUUUCAAUUCGAACAAUCCAUCGAUCGACGAAGACUGCAAGAUUAGUUGCGGAAAGAAGUCCAACUCUUUCAACGUCAAGGGCACAUUGGACGAACUAUCAACAUUCGACCUCCGGCAGCUUCGGGAACACUUUGCCGUCUACUCCGAACUCUUUACCGAGUCGAACGUUUGGAGUACGGUCAAGGACACUAUCUUCGGAGCUGUCACUGGAGUCGGUGACGCCAUCACUCGCUGGAUUGGUUCUUGGGUCAUCAUCGGAUUGAUGAUCGUCGGGAUCGUCUUCUUGGCUCAACUCUACUUUGCCGUCAACUGCCCUUUCUUCGGAUUCCUUGGUCGUCGCCGGGAGUGUCGGGAUUCUCCUGCUGAGAACCCGAUUUAUCAGAGAAGGAAGAAGAAAGUGGAGAGGAAGGGCUCCAAAACCCAAUAA